AUGGCGGCGGUUGUUGGUGUCUUUGCGAUGCUGUAUUUAUAUCAGCUUUUAUGUCUCGCUACGCCUGUCAUUUCGCCUGUUAAUUUGUCAAACAAACGUCUACCUAUCAAUGAGCACUUGCAUAACAAUUAUUCGAUCAAAUCAUGUGUUUCUACGCUUAAAUCUGCAUCGUUUGCUGUAUAUGAAAUCGCUGCGAAGACCACAAUCAUGCCCGUAAAUUCCAAGCGUAUUACCUCUAAGCGAAGUACGUCCACUUUGGCAUAUUUUCUUUGUAUGUCGCUGCUUUUAACCGGUGGAAAUAUUGAGAGAAACCCUGGACCAGUUCAGCAAGGGCACAAUCUUAAACUUUGUGCAGAGAAGGGCUUGAGAAUUUGUCACUUAAAUAUACGUAGUCUCGUCAACAAGAUCGACGAAAUUAGAGUGUUUUGUGAAACCCACAAACCUCAUGUGUUAUGCUUAAAUGAAACAUGGCUUGAUACGUCUAUUGCCGAUGGAGAAAUACAACUCGAUGGUUAUUCGCAUAUACGAAGAGACAAAACUCGUCAUCAAGGCGGUGUUCUUGUUUACAUUGCAUCAAAUUUAAACUUCAAAGAGCGUGACGAGAUCGGAGACGAAAGCGGUGAGCUUCAAUGUUUAUGGCUUGAGAUUGUACCUCCCAAAAGCAAAGGCUUUCUUAUUUGCUCUUCUUAUCGCCCACCGAAUUCCGACAACGAAAGGACAUAUGUCGAGGGCCUACGAAAUAUGCUUGAUAAUGUGAGUGAUUUACAGAAAGAAGUUAUUCUCAUUGGGGAUUUUAAUUUUGACUUAAAACGGUCUAGAAAAUCGGCGGCGUGUAAGUGCUUUGUUGAUAUGUCUAAGGAAUUCGGUUUAAAGCAAAUUAUCUGUGACUACACUCGUGUAACUCAACACUCAAAAUCAUUGAUUGAUCUCUUUUUAACAUCUCGUCCUGACCUAUACAUAACAGGAGUAAUGCCUGUUGGGUUCAGCGACCACAGUGUAAUAUAUGCGGUUCGCAAGCUGCAUAGAUUAAAACCUCCAUCUUCACGGAUCAUUAAUACACGAAAUUAUAAAUGUUACAACCAGAUUGCUUUUGUCGAAGACUUAAAUAAAGUUCCCUGGUCGCAAAUCGACAUAACUGGAGAUAUUGAAGAUUCGUGGGAUGCUUUUAAAAACCUAUUCAAUGAUGUCGCAGACUCUCAUGCCCCACAAAUUCAUGUUCGAACGAGAGGUCAAAAAGUACCUUGGUUAACAACGGAGAUUAGAAAAUUAAUGAAAGAAAGGGAUAAUCUUCACAAACUGGCGCUUAAGACCAAUAGUGAACUACACUGGAGCUCCUUUAAACGCAUGCGUAAUGCUGUAACCCUUAAGUUAAGAAGAGAAAAGAAACAUUACUAUAACAAUCAAUUUCAGGAGAAUUAAUCAAACCCAAAGGGGACUUGGAAAAAUUUGAAACGUUUACUUGGUAAAUGUGGAAAAGGAACUGGAUGCACUGGUGCAGGCUCAGCGACAACUGAUUUGAAAGUUAAAUGCAACAUGUUUAAUCGUUUCUUUGUUUCCUGUGCUACGAACUUAAGAUCAAUUUGUAGCACGACUGGCCAUGCGUUCAAAAAAUGGUUACCCCAAAUGGAACAUUUGGAAAGCUUUACGUUUCAACAAUUUACUGAUUCGGAGGUUCGAACUGCUCUGAGGGAAUUAAAGGUGAAGAAAGCCACCGGUGUAGACGGCAUACCAAGCAGAUUGUUAAAAGACGGAGCUGACGUAUUGGCCUAUCCAUUGACAGUUUUGUUCAAUUUGUCAGUUCAACAAUGUAAGAUCCCUGGGGAAUGGAAGAAGGCAAAAGUUACGCCACUUUACAAGAAUGGCGCAAAGAGUGAUCCAAAAAAUUUUCGCCCUAUUUCUGUUUUACCGGUAGUAUCUAAAGUUCAGGAGCGAUUAAUCCAUAACCAACUUUCAUCGUAUUUUGAUGAAAAUAACCUGUUGUGUAGAUUUCAGUCAGGAUUUCGAAAGAAACACUCAACAGAAACGGCGGUAACCCAUUUUGCAGACCAAAUUCUCAUGGGCAUGGAUAAAGGGCUAGUGACGGGUGCCGUUUUCAUUGACCUAGCUAAGGCAUUCGACACGAUCGACCAUGAUGUCUUAAUUCAUAAGCUGAAACAUUAUGGCGUAUCCAAUGAAAGUCUAUUAUGGUUUAAGGAUUACUUCUGCGCAAGGAAGCAGUUUGUAACUAUUGAUUCGCAUAGAUCUGAAGAGCUGGAUAUCGCUUGUGGGGUCCCGCAAGGGUCAAUUCUUGGCCCGUUAUUAUUUAUCAUUUACAUCAAUGAUUUAUCAUCUUGUAUGCGAAGCUGCUCAGUCAGUAUGUAUGCAGACGAUACAGCAAUAUACUUUGCGGCCUCGACGGUUGAUGUGGUGAAUGAUAACAUCAAUGAAGAUUUAAAUUGCUUAUCUGAGUGGUUGAAAGAUAAUUACCUGGUGCUGAAUAUCACCAAAACCAAGUGUAUUUUGUUCUGCUCACAGAGGCACGGUGAACGAAACAGAGCUCUUACAGUGAACUUCUUCGGGUCAUGUAUCGAAAGUGUUAUCACUUUUAAGUACUUAGGUGUAGUAUUCGAUAGUCAUAUGACGUGGAAAGAUCAAGCGGAUCAUGUAUACAAAAAGGUUGCAGUACGAGUUAAUGUCUUACGGCGUAUUAGAACAUUUCUAACGGAGAAAGCAGCAAUACAUGUUUACAACGGUAUUAUCCUGCCAGUGUUCGAUUACUGUGACAUUACCUGGAGUAGCCUUCUGCAACAAGACGAGGACAGAUUACAGCGAUUGCAACAUCGCGCCGCAAGAAUUAUAACACUGAGUGAAAGAUCAUCCGAAGCGAUGGAAAAAUUAAAAUGGUCUUCAUUGAACUGUAGACGCUCUUACCAUAAAGCUAUAUUAGUUUACAAAUGUCUACAUUCUUUAGUCCCGAAUUAUUUUUUAAAUUAUUUUAAGAAAUUUAGUAAUGUACAUAGCUACAAUACUAGACACAAAAAUAGGCUAAUACUUCCCAAAGUUAAAUAUAAUUUUGGAAAAAAUACUUUUAUCUUCAGUGGGGUGCAGGUUUAUAAUAUGCUCCCAGAUCACGUGAUGAAGGCUGAGUCCAUUCACACGUUCGCACGUCUUGUACGAAUUGUGUGUAAUGAACUUUCUUAUUGAUGUGGAACAUGGAAGUGACGGAACUGAUUGCGACAAUAUUUUGUACUUUUAUAUAUCAUACCUUAAAAUGUAAUUCCUACAAAUAGCUUAUAUCUAGACACAGGGCCCCUAUGGAUACCAGCCUUCGUGCUGAAAGGGCCACCCUGUUUAAAUAAAGUUUUUCCAUUCCAUUCCAUAAAACAGGAAUACUUUUCAAGAAGUUUGGCUGGUCGCUGAGAUGGGGUGUUAACUGGAUUUAUUACAUGAUUGACGCGGUUUUCUUUGUUAUUCAUAGACCUUUAUUUUCCAUAAUGUCUUUCAAGUAUUUAAAAGCCCGGGGAGGGAUUUGAUAUUCAGCAGGGAAGAGUGGGGCUGAUGAAUUGAAUUGAAUUACUAAUUAGCUAUUCUAGUGCAAUAUCUGUAUAUUGCGCUGAGCUCCAGUGCAAUAUAUGUAUAUUGCACUCAGUUUGAGUGCAAUAUAUCUAUAUUGCACUUGAAUAAUUAUGUAUUAAAUACCUCAUGAAUAGUUUAAUGAGGUAUUUAUCUAGAUAAAUACCUCAUUAAACUAUUCAUGAGGUAUUUAACUAGAUAUAUACCUCAUGAAUAGUUUAAUGAGGUAUUUAUCUAGAUAAAUACCUCACUAAAACUAUACUCAUGAUGUACUUAUCUGGGUAAGUACCUAAUGAGAGGUUAGUCUCUUUCCCAACUCGAUAAACGCUGAACCGUCUCCAGUCGGGAAAGAGACAACAGCCGUGUACCUCAGAGCCCGUCAAAACUCUACCAUUAGGUAAGAGUAUGUAUCAUUCGGCGCACGAGGACUAGCUGGAUCAACCAUCAAACUUGCUUGUGCAGGAAAUUUAUACAGUAACAUCUGCUUUUUCGCUUGUGGGACGUGAAAUGAUAUACUGCGCAUGCUUGACCACAUUUUAAAGCGUAUAUAGUGCGCAUACUCAGCCUUGUGUUACGUCCCACAAGCGUAAGAGCUAUUUUGUGAAAAAUUCUCAAUCAUGUAAUAAGUCAGUUAAUUACCUCGAACCUCGGCAUUUAUCCAUAUACAGCCCUCGGCGCUACGCGCCUCGGGCUGUAUAUGGCUAAAUGCCUCGCUUCUCGGUAAUUAACUCUUACAUAACACUAGGCUGGACAUUGCAUAAGCUGCAUUGUGCCACAACUUUAUUGUUUUACUCCGUCUAAUGUCAGAUGAUUUUACCUGUCUGUGAUAUCACCCAAUGGGUUACUGAAACAAGUAGCACUUAUCUCGAACAUACAACUGAGGUUAAAUAAUAACCAUACAUGGGCGUACCGGGCGGGUGGGGGGGGGGCUGUAGCCCCCCUAGUUUUUUGGGCAGUCGGGCAAUAUUCGCUGAACAGUCGGGCAAUUUUGGUUAAUUAAAAAACUAAAUGGGACAAAUUCUGUAAAUUUUGUGGAAAAUUUUGUGAAAUUUCACUGACCGAAAUUUUUUUUUUUUGGGUGGGGGAAGGUCGCCAAAACAUCACCCUUACAUUUUAUACCCAUCUAAUGGAUUUUGCUGUUCAAAAAUUCUUUCUCGUGUUUUAAACUCUAUCCUACAUAAUAGAAUGAUUACAAAUCAAUUAUUUAUUUCUUUUCGUGGGAAAAUGUGAGUCACUAUGGUCAAUUUGAGUCCCAGAAAUCAUGGUCCCACAGUCAAAAUUUCAAAUUUUAACCCAUAAAGUUGCAUCGCACCCUUUAUUGUAUUCCAGUCUAAUGCCAGACAAUUUUAUUU